AUAAGUUCAAUCUGUUUAGUUCAACUCUCAACGGCACAAUUAGAGCCACCUGAAGAACAACGACGCCGUUUCGAAAUUGAGUGCGAGUUCGUACAAGCCCUGGCUAACCCUCAUUAUGUCAACUCGUUCCUGAACUUUCCCAUUGUAGUCCUAGCACAACGUGGUUUCCUCAAGGAGCAACACUUCAUCAACUACCUCAAGUAUUUGCUAUACUGGAAACAGCCGGAAUAUGCGAGAGCCCUAAAGUAUCCUCAGUGCUUACACAUUCUGGAGUGUCUGCAGUGCCACAAUUUCCGUGAAGCGCUAAUGUCAGGAGCGAAUGCCAAGUUUAUAGAAGACCAACAGGUUCUACAGUGGCUAUACUAUUUACGGAAACGACAACGAUUACAUGAAGAGUCAGAGUUACUGAAUGGCCGGAUGGUUUAG